AGGAUUCAUGCAAUGGGGCGGCCGAGAUAGCUCUAGGAGCUUAGCGGUGCGGAACGCUGAGUUCGCGACGAGUCUGAGGCAACACGUCCCUGGCAGAAAGCAGACGAAGCAUCGAUGUCCAAGCAGAGAUCGACAGAGGACUCCUGUAGCUAGGCGUAGUGUAUCACCACAAAAAGGGAUGGGAGCGAUAACUAACCCUUUUACGGGAACACCGGGUCGACCCCAGGACUAUAUCAACCGAAGAGAAAUGCAGAUUGAGAAACUGCACAGUUCGAGUCUGCAGCAAGAGUUGGAUGAAUCGAUGUCGGAGUUAGCCAUCGUGCAGAGACGAUGUCAUUCCCUCGAGGAAAGCCUCACUAUUGCAGAGGCCCAGCAUGUGAAGGCUAGAAAUAUGAACGCCCGGUUGAAGGAGCGAUUGCAACUGUUCCAAGAGCAGAAUGCUGAGAACUGCCGAAUUGCCGAAAUGGAAAUCUCUAAGCUCACAGCACGAUUGACCAGCGCUGAAACUACUAUAGGGAGGCUCCAGGAUGAGAACAACGCCUUAGACGAGGCUGUCAGAGCGCAAGCCAACGAGCUGAAGUUUCUGAAGGAUGUGGAGGCGAGGCUCGAAGCGGAGCGAGACGAGGCGUUCAGAGGCGGUCAGAAACUCGAGGAGUCUUUGAGGGAACUUGCACAGGACUUCGAGACGGUCUCGGACCAGCUAGAGCGAGAGAAGCGUGAGGCUCAGACGGCUAAGUUGCAGCUUGAAGAGCUGAUGGAGGCCUCGUUGGGUCAGGCUGAGAAGUUGGAAGCGGCCCAGCGGCUCGCUAGAGCGUCUCGCUGCGUUGCUCACUCUGUUCGACGAGGCAGUCAGGCACGCCUCUGUGCUGUUGUACUGCGGUCCUGGAGAAAGGAUGUCUUGGGGCGAGCGAGAUCAGCAGAGAAAUGCCGACUGGCUUUGAGAGUGUUGCGGCUUCGAGGGCGACAAGGACGAUUGAAGAGACAUGGGACAGCAGCAGUUAUGAUGCAACGGAGGAAAGUGUUGCGAUCGACGAUGCUGAAGUGGACCACUGCGGCUUCACGUGCUCGGUAUAUCAGACAAGUUUGUGAGCAUCUCAUGUCCAGAAGAUCUCUGAGGUUGCUACGGCAGACAUUGCUAGGAUGGGUGCUACAUCUGCUUGGCUGCUCGGUGACGAUUAAAGAGAGGAACAACGAGGAUCGAUUGCAGCAAGCAUUGCAGAAAACGGCAUCGUUGAGGUCUUUGCUACAUUCACAAGAGGAACGCAUCGCUGCUUUGGAGACUGGGGAGGAGGCCAGCGUGACGAGGAUCAAGCGGCUCAAGUCCAAACUUGAUGCACGCGAUGACGAAAUAGAUCGGCUACGUCGUGAUGUCCAGCUUCUCGAGGAGAUCAAUCACAAGCUCCGACUCACGUCCGUCUUAGAGCCAUUGACUGAUACCGUCAUCACUAGCCCUAUAGCAUCUGAUGUGACAUCGCGGAGUUUGGCACCGAGCGAAUACAGCUCUAACGGGCUGCCCUCUGAUGUGGGGAGCAGGGCCGUCCCUCUCCUCCAACUCGAGUCCAUCGAGUGA